AUGAUAUCUGAAUAUGGGGUGUUCUCUAUGACAUUUCUUGGUAUUGUAGCAUGUAUUACACUAUCUACAAUUUUUGGGCGAACCUUCUUAAAGAAAUCACGAUAUCCAUUUCCACCAAGCCCUCCAGGAGAACCAAUAUUAGGACAUAUCCGAUUAGUUCCAACGGACGAUCCGCAUUUGUACUAUCAAAAGUUGUCGCAAGAAUACAACACAGAUAUACUAUAUUUCAAACAAUUUCUUACUCCAGUUGUGGUUUUGAAUACUGUGGAAGCUGCAGAAGAGCUUCUUUCUAGGAGAGGAGCUAAUUAUUGUGACCGACCUCGAUUUGUUCUAUUUGAGGUUAUGGGAUGGGGUAGAACUUUGACAUUUCUUCCAUGGGGAUCACGUUUCAAAGCACACAGAACACAUUUGCAGACAGCGUUCACGAAGACUAGUAUCGUACGGUAUCGAGAAGUACAAGAAUAUGAAGCACGUCAGGCUCUUUAUACUAUUACUCAGCGGCCUGAUGACUGGGAAAUUUCUUUAAGGAGGUUUGCUUCUGCUAUUGUCUUGAGAGUAGCAUUUGGAAUUACCCUAAAGAAUGAUGAUGACGAAUACAUCAAAAUUGCAGCAGAUGCAAUCAAUGCUACAGGAAAUGGUGGAUCUCCAGGAGCUACUGUCAUUGACUAUUUUCCUUUCCUCCGCAAUCUUCCUCACUGGCUUGUUCCUUCGAAAGCUAUAAAACAUGCGAAGAAUUGGGGACCCGCGAUAAAUCGACUUCAUGAUGUUCCAUUUGCUGCUGCACGUAAGAAAUUUAAUGAAGGGGAAGCUCAAAACUCGUCAUACGUAUAUCCUCUGCUUGAAAGAUAUGAGAAAAAUGAGUCUCGAAAUCUACCAAAUGACUUUGCCAUGGAAGAUAUAAAUGGUUCUGCUGCCGCUAUAUUUAUCGCAGGAUCAGAUACUACUUUCGCAACGACGUUAGUGGGAGUAUUAAAUUUAUUACUUAAUCCUACUAUAUUUCAUAAAGCGAGAAGUCUACUCGAUCAAAGUAUCGGACUAGAUCGUCUUCCUUCAUUAAAAGAUAGAGAACAUCCAGAUCUUCUAUAUAUUGAAUACAUCGUUCAAGAAAUAGUUAGAUGGAGACCUCUAUCUCCUCUCGGCGUCCCACACAAAAGUCUUAAGGAUGACAUCUACAAAGGAAUGUUUAUUCCCCGUGGUACGAAUGUAUUUUUCAAUACAUGGGCAAUGAGUCGCGAUGAGACGGUUUACAAGAAUCCAGAUAUAUUUAGUCCAGACAGAUAUAUCCCAGUUGAACACGGUGGAGCUGGAGAACCAUAUCUCAACGGACCGUUUGGUUUUGGGCGUAGAAUAUGUGUAGGUCGUCAUCUGGCAUCGGCGAGUGUGUGGAUUGUGUUAGCGACUUUGAUAUCUACGGUUGAUAUUUCGAAGAUGGUGGAUUUGAAGGGGGAAGAUAUUGAGCCGGUGGUGGGCUUUACAACGGGGUUGUCGAGCCAUCCUCUGCAUUUCGAUUGCAAAUUUGCUUCUCGUUCGAAGGGGAUGGAAAAUUCGUUGGAUUCUUCUUUAUUGUAG